CUGUCACUGGCUGUUACUUCAGCAGCCCUGCUGAUCCUCAUCCCUACGCAAGAUGUAGGAACGCUGAGAGCCUUCACACCCAGGAAGAUGUCGCCAGCUUUGGCUUUGUUGCUCCUCGGCCAAGCAGCUUUCUACACAACAGUAACAUCUGUGAAAGUAUGUGGCAGACCUACUGUCACUGAUGGGAUUGACGAUUCAACCCUGAGACGUGUGUAUGAGGUUGGAGAAGAGGUGACUCUCAAUUGUGAACAGGGGUACUUGCCUUCAAGAACACCAGCUCCCAGGAUAACCUGCACUGCCACAGGAGCAUGGACGCAGUCAAACCGGUGUUCCCCUAAGAUGUGCCAGAUCCCAAGACCUCUGCAGCCAUUUGCAAACGGGAGGACAGAAGCGCCGUUCAAGAGUGUGCUUAACUACACGUGUGAUGAUGGGUAUGUCUUAGUAGGAACCAAUGAAAGCAGAUGUUUACAUGAUGGCACCUGGAAUCCCCCACCUCUCUGCAAAGCCGUGAACUGUCCUCUGCCCAAGCCACCAAGAGAUGGUAGAAUUGCCCACGAUAAGCCAGUUACUGGAACCACAACUAAGUAUGGCCAGGCAUGGACAUAUGAGUGUAAUCCCCCUAAAGCACCAAGUUAUGAGAGAGGAUUCUGCAUGGCUGAUGGAACUGUAACUGAACCACCAGUGUGUCGAGAUGUGAGCUGCUCAGUGCCAGCAAGCAUACCAAAUGGCUUUAUAAGAUUUGCUGUGAUGAGGCCACAUGGCUACAAGGAAACGGUUGAGUAUUCUGGCAAUGAGCACUACAUUCUGGAAGGUCAGAAUGAAAUACGGUGCCAAAACACAGGAAACUGGUCAUCAAAGCCGGUCUGCCGGGCUCCCUGCGCAGUUGGCAUCAAAAGAGGCCGUAUCUUCUACAAUGGCAAGAAGAUCUGGAUUGGAGACUUGAAACCAAACAGAGUCCUCCAUGGAGAACAUGUUGCCUUCUAUUGUCUGAACAAAAGGCAGUGUGGUUACCCUGUGGCUAGCACCUGUAAUGGAAACCUGCCUAUUCCAGAAUGCUUUGAGGAACCAGGCAGGAUGGAGUACCUUGAGGCCAAAACCCUUCCGUCAGAAAUCACAAUGUGUGCUGCUUCCCCAGCUGCACAUCCAGGAAACCUUACAGUCACGCUAACAUAGAAGCCAUUAUCUUUAUUGGUAAUUGUCUGUUUUCUUAUAUUCAACUGAUAAUAAAAUAUCAGUGGUCAAU